UCAGACCAUGUGAGGGGGUUUGGUGUACAAAAGCUGAGCAGGAUGCUGAGCCUUACACUUAACAGCUGAGAGCUCAUCGAGCAGGUGAUGAGAGGGUAAGAAGUCCCCAGUCAAGAAGACUAUUGAUACAUCCAGGCUUUACAACACUGAACAGGAGAACUGGAUUCAGAAAAAAACACCUAAGACCCAGUGACAACACACAAGUCUAACUCGGCACCUACAUAGUGCCAAUGGGCCUCAGCCACAACUUUACCUAACCAAGAGGAUGGAAAGAAAGCCAGCCUGCACAGAAAGCCCAUCCUUGGGCUCUGAAAAAGAACCUCUGACCUGUAGGGCCCGCUCAGAAUGCAAAAAGGAUGGACAGCUGCUGAGGAACUGCAAGCCAUCUUUACGUCUAUCUGAGGAGCACAACAAGGUGCAUCCAAGCCCUGGGGAGAGAACAGAGCUUGGCCCCUUAUCCAACAAAUACCUAGCUGUGCAGAGUCCUGAGACACCCUGCAAUGGUACCAGAAAUGGAGUGGAUGAAAGUUCGACCCCAGCACUCACACUCAUUCCCUCAUGCAGGGCUGAGGUGCAACAUUUGCAGACAGAAACAGGGGAGAGAGAAACAUGGAGUAAAAAAAUAGACUUCCUUCUUUCUGUUAUUGGCUAUGCAGUUGACCUGGGUAAUGUUUGGAGGUUUCCUUAUAUCUGCUACCAGAAUGGAGGAGGAGCCUUUCUUAUUCCAUACGUGAUCAUGGCUGUCUUUGGUGGGAUACCUCUGUUUUAUAUGGAGCUGGCUUUGGGUCAGUAUCAUAGGAAUGGCUGCAUAUCUAUAUGGAGGAAAAUCUGUCCCUUAUUUAAAGGGAUUGGUUAUACUAUAUGUGUGAUCGCUCUGUAUGUAGCAUUUUAUUACAAUACCAUCAUGGCCUGGGCACUUUACUACCUCAUGUUCUCAUUCCGGGCUGAGCUGCCUUGGACCAGCUGCUACAACGAGUGGAAUACAGACAAUUGCACCAAUUACUUCCAGAACAGCAGCGUCACCUGGUUCAACAGCUCCAUCUCUCCAGCAGAGGAAUUUUACACCCGGCUAGUGCUUCAGAUCAACAAGUCCAAAGGUCUACAGGAGCUUGGGGGCAUCAGUUGGCAGCUCACACUCUGUUUACUCUUCAUUUUCACUGUAGUCUACUUCAGCAUAUGGAAGGGGGUGAAAACAUCUGGAAAGGUUGUGUGGGUUACCGCUACAUUUCCAUACAUUGUCCUCACCCUACUAUUAAUACGAGGAGCUACACUUCCCGGGGCCUGGAGGGGCGUCUUAUUCUACCUGCAGCCAGACUGGAAGAAGUUGCUGACUACAGAGGUCUGGGUCGAUGCUGCUGCACAGAUAUUCUUUUCCCUUGGCCCGGGAUUUGGAGUCUUGCUGGCUUUUGCCAGCUAUAACAAGUUUCACAACAACUGCUACCAGGACGCACUGAUAACGAGCACAGUGAACUGCUUGACCAGUUUUAUGUCUGGUUUUGUCAUCUUUACUGUCCUGGGUUAUAUGGCUGAAAUGAGGAAUCUAGAUGUGUCCGAAGUUGCCAAAGAUACAGGUCCCAGCCUUCUAUUCAUCACCUAUGCAGAGGCAAUUGCAAACAUGCCAGCAUCUACUUUCUUUGCAAUUAUAUUCUUCUUGAUGUUAAUCACUCUUGGGCUCGACAGCACAUUUGCAGGUCUGGAGGGGGUCAUAACCGCGGUAUUGGAUGAAUUCCCACACGUAUGGGGGAAACGUCGGGAGCUUUUCGUCUUCCUCCUGAUCUCCGUCUGUUUCCUUGGGGCGCUCUCUACACUGACAUUUGGUGGUGCUUACAUGGUGAAGCUCUUCGAAGAGUAUGCGACAGGCCCUGCUGUCCUGACGGCAGUAUUCCUGGAGGCUAUAGCUGUGUCGUGGUUCUAUGGUGUCAACCAGUUCUGCCGAGAUGUGAAGGAGAUGCUGGGUUUCUCUCCAGGCUGGUUCUGGAAGAUAUGCUGGGUGGCAAUCUGUCCCAUGUUUCUCCUGUUCAUCAUUUGCAGCUUCAUGUCCAGUCCUCCUGAUCUUCGCUUGUUUAACUACAGCUACCCCAAAUGGAGCGUUGUGCUGGGCUACUGCAUUGGGACAUCGUCUUUUAUCUGUGUGCCAGUUUAUAUGGUAUAUAAGUUGGCUAGCACCCCUGGCUCAUUAAAAGAACGUUUUCUAAAAAGCAUUACUCCGGAGACGGACACAGAAAUACCCAUGGGGGGUAUCCACAUGAAUGCCGUGUAACCUGGAAGCAAAACCUGAUCCUUACCGAUUUGCAGACUUUACUCACCCAGUUCUGUGCCUGAGAAGACUCUCUGAAACCUCAAAACUCUAUAGUUCCUCCACAACAUAGGUGCAGAAGACCCAAUCAGCAAAUCAGCCCAGAAAUUACAGAUCAGGUUACUUCCCAUACUGGACUUUGAAGAAGACACUCUUGCCACAUAUUCUAGGGGCCCAACUCCGAGUUCCAGUUGAGCCAAAAUAAAGGUGAUUUGCAUGUAUGUGUGUCAAAAAUAAUGAAAACUGUUAACUUUUAAUUCUGUGGCGAGAAGACCUUUGGAGAAAGAGAAUUAUGUACACGUCUCGCCAUCUCUAGUGGAUCAGGAAACCUUUUGAUAGAAAUGCAGAGUUCUGUUCCACAAACCUCCUAUGUAAGUGUUAAUGCUUGGAAUUAUUAUGCGCUAUCAAACCCUAUGCUCAAGGACUUAAUCCUUGAUGUAAAUUGUCUGGUAAUUGUGGAUAUACAAAGGGAUGAACAAUAAUGAAAGGGACAGAGUUAUAUUAACCAAAAGUAUUGCCUACAGAUUCAGGGGAAAAUAUGUGAGUUUGUGUAGAGAUACUGGUUGGUUUUAUAUGUAAUUUAGCGGAACUGCAUCAUCUC